CAUGGAUACCUGGAAAGUCGUCGGCAUGCAGAUGUGCGCCGUCCUCCCUGGCGGGGAGGUCGAAUACGGCGCCUACGGUUACCGGGAUGAUGAGAACCGGCCAGUAGACCUAGACACGUACUUCGGUAUCGCCUCCUGUUCCAAGGCGUUCUGCUGCUUUGCGCUCUCCCAGCUGAUGCAAGACUACUCCACCGGUCGCUCCCCUACCGGCUCCCUCCGCCCUCUCCCUUCCGAACUGAAGACCUUCUCCUGGACUACGCCGAUGAGCAAGCUCCUCCCUGAGAAAUGGAAGCUGUUCGAGCCGUACGCAAGUGCAAACGCGACUCCUAUCGAUCUGGUCGCGCAUGUCACUGGGCUCGCGAGUCAUGAUCUGGUGUAUGUACCCGGAGAGAAGGCAGAAGAUGUCUUGAAGCGGUUGAAGGAUUUGAAACCCAACAGGGGGCUGAGGGAGGAAUGGCAGUAUAAUAACAUUAUGUACAUGGCUGCCCAGACUGUCGUAGCUGACCUCUCAGGCAUGCCUUAUACCGAGUUUAUCAAGACCCGCAUAUUUGACCCUCUCGGAAUGGAUACCAGCACCUUUGACGUGGAUAAGGCGCGGGCGACGCAGAACUUCAUCCAGGGGUUUAUGUUCACCGGCCCGAAGAAGGACAUCAAGCGUGCAAUUCCGCAUUUUAUACCAGACAAUGAAACUGUGGAUCUGCUUGCUGGUGCAGGGGGGAUCUUGAGUAAUGUGAAGGAUAUGUCGAAAUGGGUCAAGACGAUUCUUGCGCGAGGAAUUGACCCGUCAGGCCAAUUGCCUCUCGUCUCGGAGGACCUGUUCAACUACAUGACCCAGGGCAAGUACGUGAUGGAGGUCAAUGGUGCUCUCUUCCCGGAGUUGUCGCCCUUGAUCUACGGCGGCGGUUGGCAGCGGUACAGUCUGCGAGGGCAUGAACUAUUCUGUCAUACCGGGGGGACAGGAGGGAUCAGCGCAUACACAUUUAUUCUCCCAAACGACGACAUGGGCUUCUGCCUCCUGAGCAACACGGGCGCCCGCCAAGCGGCUUUGCGUACGAUCGUUCAUCGGGUUGUCGAGAACCUACUCAAACUGGAACCGAUGGACUGGAGCACGCGUUACCUCGGCGUCGUGCAGAAACAAGAGAAAGCCCAAAAGGAGAAGACGGUCGCACGUGCUGCUGAUGCCGCCCCUCCCCCGCUCGAGCUGAGCAAGUACUGCGGAACGUACAAGCACCCGGCGUACGGGUCGUUUACCCUCCACGGACCUGGGUCGUCCCCGUCCAACAGGGGAGAUGCGGUCAUCGCGGCGUUUGCGGCAGUGAACGGUUCGCCUUCGGCGCCUUUCCCUGAGGAGGCGCAUACGACGCCCCAGCUAUAUGCGGAGUUCAAACGUAUCUGGUGCUCUCACCUUCGGUUCAGGCACAGGGAGGGUAACACCUGGAACGUGACUGCCGAAGCGCUCUACCCCUCCGGCUGGGGAGCAGACGGCACCCCUUUUGUGCACGUCGGUUCCGGCCCUUGGGAAGCGAGCUUCGUCGAGGAGGGGGGGAAGGUGAAGGGGGUGGAGUGGAUGGAGAAUACCUUGUACACGCCGCAGAGGAAGAUGGAAGGAGAUGAGGAUAGGGUGAUUUUGUUUGAGAGGAUGUCCAACUAGAGAGCGUGAGAGUUAGACAGGAUCGUGUAUUGUUUCGGUGAGAUGAAC